CGACUUGUCUUCGUCGUUCUUCGCUCGCCAUUAUUGAUGAACUUUCGAAUUAAAUACUAGCAAAGAGAUUGCCGUUUUGUUUUCUCUUCGCCGGAAGAACCGUGAAAGAGACUCUUCAGUCGACGCGUGGUGGAUAUGAUACGCUAGAUGUGGUUGCAUUAUUGAGAUAAAUUUGUACUUACCUUGCUGUGCUUAUGGUCGGUUUUGAGAAUUCGUCGAUGAUGGCGGUUUCUGGAACUACGGUUGAGGCUACUGAAUGUGAUUCCGCUGGAAAUCCUACUGAACCGCCAUUGGAGAUGCUACCGUCGAAGAAAAAGCGAAAUCUUCCUGGAAAUCCUGAUCCAGAUGCUGAGGUGAUCGCACUAUCACCGAAGAGUCUGGUAGCCAUGAACCGCUUCGUUUGCGAGAUUUGCAACAAAGGAUUUCAACGAGAUCAGAAUCUUCAGCUUCAUCGGCGCGGUCAUAAUCUUCCUUGGAAGCUAAAGCAACGAACCGGAAAGGAAAUCCGGAAACGUGUUUAUGUUUGUCCAGAGAAAACAUGCGUCCAUCACGAUCCGUUGAGAGCUCUCGGCGAUCUCACUGGUAUCAAAAAGCACUUCUCGAGGAAACAUGGCGAGAAGAAGUGGAAGUGUGAACGCUGCACUAAGAAGUACGCUGUCCAGUCUGAUUGGAAAGCACAUAUGAAGAUAUGUGGUUCCAAAGAGUACCGAUGUGAUUGCGGAUCCUUGUUUUCUAGGAGGGAUACCUUCAUCACUCAUAGAGCUUUUUGCGAUGCAUUAGCACAUGAGAGCACAAUAACUCAAUCUCAAACCCUUGCUCUUAGUAGUUCAGAUCAACAAUCACCUCCUACAAUAAUGGAGGAGGUUGUUCUCCCUACGACGUUUAGUCCGCCACCGCCGCCGCUUACUCCGUCCACCGAUGUACUCUCUCCGGCCAUUUCCUUCCAAACGCCAGAACUGCCGGAAAAUGCGAUGGUAGCGAAAGUAUCUGGAGCAACGACGUUGACAUGCUUGGCCACAACGAGGGCAACAACUACAGCUUCCACCGCUACCACCACCGUAAGCGGUGGCUCCACCUCUAAUAGCACUAGUGUAUUUCCUAGUAUUUAUACGUCGUCGGUUACUAUAGAACCAAUGUCUCUUUCUUUAUCCUCAUCGCUGUACCUGUCCAACACCGCCAACCCAUCUUUAUUUCCUCCGCCGGAUCAUAACCUCCUCCACAAACUUCACCACCGAUAUCUACCAGCUUCGCAACCAGCGCUCUCCGCCACCGCUUUGCUCCAGAAAGCAGCUCAAAUGGGCGCAAAAUCAUCAAACACCUCAUUCCUCCAUGCACUCGGAUUGGCGUCGCCGUCGUCCUCCAGCAGUAAUCACCGUCAAGAUACCAACAAUGGAGAAUGGAGCAAUGUUCAUAUAAAGCAAGAGAGAGAUGAUAACUCCAGGCUUGGACUUGGGAUUCCCUUCGCCACCGCCGCCACCACCACCACCACCACCAGUCUGACGGACUUAAUGAUGGGACCGCCGGCACCCACCACGCUAGAUUUUCUUGGGCUUGGGAUGGGUAGCGGAAGUGGUGGUUCCCCGGGUGGGUUCUCGGCGUACUUAGCUUCAACCGGAAGUGGGCUUUAUUCAGGCGCCGGAGCAGCAUCCGCCGUCCCUUUGUUCAGGGGAAUGAACUCCGGUAUAAACAAAAUUUGGGAUGAUUCCGAUGAUAGGAAGCCGGAUCGUCUUUAGCUCUCUCCCUUUUUUUUCUUUCUUUUUUGAAUCUAUAGGAUUCCAAGUAAUUUAGUUUGUACUUUGUAAUAUUGUAUGUAUGCUACUACAUUUGUUUCGUAAUUUUGGAUUUCCAACUUUAG